AUGGCAGAUUCCUCAAAAUUCCACUCGGCUCUCAAUGUGACCAACGUGAAAAGUCUCAUCACCAUCACGUUGGACAUGGAAACUGCUGACUAUUACUCGUGGGCAACCCUCUUCAAAGUGCAAGCCAAGGUGCAUCAGGUCCUCCACCAUAUCCUCCCUCCCACAGACGCGGUUGAACUGCAGAAAUACGAGGCGACCAAGGCUGCUGACCUCCCAUUAUGGACUCGCCUCGAUGCUGCCGUUCUCCAGUGGAUAUACGGUACUAUUUCCCAUGACAUUCUUCAAUCCAUUCUCGUUCUUGAUGAUGUUGCAGCGGAUGCCUGGCAACGGGUUAAACAAAUCUUCUUGGACAAUCAGAAUGCACGGGUUGCGUACCUUGAGACCAAAUUCACCACCACAACCUUGGCCCAAUUCACGUCCGUGAUCGAGUACUACACUCGACUCAAAUCCCUUGUAGAUCAGUUGGGUAGUGUUGGAGCACCGGUAUCGGACACAAGGUUGGUUUUACGUCUGCUCGCAGGUCUACCGGCCUCUUAUAAACACUUUGUCACCACCAUCCAACAGAAGUCAGUUCUUCCUGUUAGGUUAUGA